AUGCCUCCUCUGUCGGCUUACACGCCUUUUGAAUCCCUCCUCUUUUUCCAGUCCCUGGCCGCCUUGGACGCCCGACCCGCUAAUUUUGUCUCCAUCUCCAACGGUCUCUGCAACAAUCGAUUCGUGCGCGAAAAUGUCGCCUUCGACGCCGGGCGACUCGCCCCGGAUGCUUUGGAGGAUUUGUACUCUACACUGACCCGCGAUGGCACGGAUGCCGUCGCGAACAUCUCCCACGGGCCGAACGGACGGCAUGACGAAAGCCCUACCGCUCACAAUUCAAAGAAGCGCAAGAUCUCCAGUCCUAAGCCGGACGCGUUGACGGAGAAGGGAAUCAUAGGCCAGGCCGGUAUCGUCCCCGAAAUUGUGUCUCAUUUAUAUGCGCGAUAUCGAGAUCUCGUCACGAAGGAAAUUAGAAACGAGGAGAGAAAAUACAAUGAAAUUCGAAAUGAACUUGAACGCCUCAAGGAGGAGCGUGAAGCCGUCCCAGAGCCAGCUCCGACGCCUGCGACCGUCCAGAAACCCACGUCGGAGACCCCGGCGACGCAAUAUUCUGCGCCAGACCCGAUGGAUGUAGAUACCCAGAACGAGAUAUCCACCCAGCAACCACGCCCGGAUGUCGCUGGGAGCUCUGUUGCACCGAAGCCGAGCCCAGAGAUCAAGCAACCGCCGUCGGAGCCGCCGCGCAAGGAGGUAGAGGCUCCCAAGCAACCGACACCGAUCACGCCGCGACCAACCGCACCGCAAAAACAGCAGAAGCAACUGCAACCGAUGCCGGCGCCCUCACCAGCACCCUCUGUCAAGCAGCCGCCGAAGGAGCCUCCCACAAAGACACCUUCACAGCCGUUACCCUUGAAACCCAACCAACCGCAACCUCUCCUACAGCCUCAGCCUGUUCCCCAGACCCCUUCUGCGCACCCAUUCCAGACACAGCCUCCGAAUGGGCAACACUCAGUAUCUCAGCCGCCUAGUUUGGCUCCCCGCGACAUACCCACGCCCAAGGGAUCGACGGACAAGGUGCCCCCUCCGCCGCAAAUUCCUUCACAACCUCCACGGGAGCCUCCUGUCGGUGUAGUGCAAGCUCCUUCAGCGACGGCCGUGCAGCCGUCACCGAUCGCAAAGCCCCCGGGUCCUUCCCCGGGUCCGACAAGAACGCCACAAACGGUCAAGGCAACUGGACAGGAAGCCUCUUCGACUCCGGCGCCAAAGACGAGUCAACCUCCUCCUUUACAACCUACUAUUCAACAAUGGUCAUUGGAUCAGUCCCCUCAAACAUCGCAGGUCCCGUCGUACCAAAAAAUCGAACCUAUGGGUCAGCCUCCCGCUGGAAAGCCGUUACCAUCCCCUUCAUCACAACAAACACCGAAACCCCAACCUAAAAAGGUUGAACCUAAGAAGGCCCCUAAAGCUGCGCAAGCCGCAAGCGUCCCGUCGACCCCAUUACCUGUGUCUGCAGUCCCCAAGCCGCUAGGACCGAGUGGUCUCGGCGCAGGUUAUGAAACUCCGGUCACAGCAGCUCAUGCUCUAUUACAAUCGCAGCCACGGUCAUCUCUCCCCCGGCUCUCCAUUGAUACGUCAGGGUCGGUUACGCCGUGGAAGAAGACUCCUCGCCUAACCCUUCCGCAUUCCCCUCGAUCGCCGGAUCGACCCCGACCCGAAGAUGUCAGCCCGAUCAGCGAGAAAGCUCCCUCUCUGAUGGGGUCUCGGGAAGCCACCCCAGAAGAACCCGAUCCCCCGCGACGCAAGCGUCGUGCUGAAGCCAAGGGUUCCUCUCGUGGUAGAGAACCCAGUCCACCGGCUAGCGAGGCAGACCACAAAGCCGGUCCGAGAAGCAAAUCAGACAAGUCCACGUUCGCAGUGAACAAGCGACGCGAUCAAAGCACGGCUUCCUCGAGGAGCCGAGGGCGAUCGGUUUUAUCGCGCGAAGACGAGCCCGUGGUCGAUCCUCCCGGAAAGAUCAAACGUGAAAUGCCCACUACUCCGGCGGGUGUGCCGGACGUGGCUGAAACGGAACACCGUGCCUCAGGGAGUCGUAAAAGCGUCACUGCCGUGGCUUCGGAAGAGCAACGUCCUGGUCGGGGCAGGCCGAAACGGAAACGCCCUCCUAGUGAAUCAUUUGACACCGAACCUCCUCAACCCGAGAUCACCCAACUCAGCCGCCUUGAUCCCAACCAGUCGACACCAUUUGUUGUUGCUGCACGCAACUUCCCCAAAACUGGCCAAGCGAUCAUGAACAACGUGACGACCCACAAACACGCGUCUGUCUUCAGCAAGCCGUUGACGGAACGUGAUGCCCCGGGAUAUCGCGACCUCAUCUAUCGCCCGCAAGAUCUGAAAAGCAUCAAAUCCUCCAUCACGCAAGGCAGCAAAGCGCUCGUUGCCGCGACCGAAGCGGCCAACACGCCCGUAGCCGAUGGCGAAUCCCCCAUCCCGUCCGGCACCCCGUCGAAGAACUCCGUCCUCAUGCUGCAGAAAAGCGAAGACGUCAUUCCGCCCAAGGGCAUUGUCAAUUCCGCACAGCUCGAGAAAGAACUCAUCCGCAUGUUCUCCAACGCCACCAUGUUCAACCCCAUUCCCCAGCGUGGCUUUGGCCCUGCGUUCCCUAUGAUCGCUGACGGCGAAUCGGGGGAAAGUACCAUCGUCCCUGAACCCGACGAGGGGGGCAUCAUCAAGGCCACGCAUGAAAUGUUCGAGGAUGUGGAGAAGGCGGUCACCGGGUGGCGCCAGGCGGAACGUACUUCUGACGAGUUGGCGAGUAAGAGUAUCUUGUCGCUGAGGAGAGGGAGUGCGAGUGAUAUGAACACGGACAGUGCGGAUGAAGUUAAGGGAUCAUGA